UAGUAUCUCAGCUAGGCGAGAAGAUGACGUUGAGAGCUGGGCCUGUAUUUGCUUACAAGUCGAAGCGUUAUUGUACGAAAACGGGUCCUCCAGAAAUAUACAACUAAAAUUAUGUUACAGAGAGAGACCACAGCGUGGGGAGAUGUCGAUAGUAUUCUAUUGCAAGGGCAACAAGCAGCCAGCACCAGCGCUAUCAAGCAGAAUGACGGAUUUCUGA